AUGGGGAAGAUCCGCUACGACGGCUUCGCGAAGACCCGCUGCUGCUCGCAUACCAGCCAGCUGCCAGAGCUUCCAAGCGAAGCUGAUGAGGCUUUCAACGCUCUCAUACGAGAAUGGAUUUUGACGUUGGUGGUCUUUCUGGGCCUCUACGUGGCAUCCCACCUCACCCUACGCCGCUUUCGCUUCCGCUACCCCGGCGAUGCUGAGGAGCAGGACCGAUGGCACAUCCCGCUGGUCCUGUGCGGCGUGGGGCUGACGGUGGCAUUCGGUGCGAUGGUGCUGGUGCCCUUCACCAUCCUGGGCCACGAGGCCAUGGCCUCCUACGGGGACAGCUGGUACGUAAAGUGGAUAUCCUACAGCCUCAUCCUCGGGCUGUGGAACAAGAUCUUCUGGGGCGCCAACCUGAGCUUGUUCUUCAUCCUCCCGCUCGCCUACUUCUACUAUGAGGCCGAGGGACUGGGCGGCAAGGGCGCCCUCGCGCGGCUCUACGAGGCGGCCGUCGUGUUUGCGCUCGUGUCCUCUAUGCUCGCCGGCCUCGUCUACCUCCUCUACAACUCCCUCUCCCUCCCCACCUCCCAGUAUCUGGUGUUUUCGUACUCCCUCAUCUCGAUGCUGGGGUCCCUCCUCUUCCUGGGCACGGCCCCUCUGGGCGUGCUGCGCCUGGCCUCCUACACCACCAAGCUCGCCCGCAACGUGCGGGGCGGAUUGCCGCUUUCGCGCAGCAACGGCGCGGCUCCGCCAAUCCAUCCGUCGGCCCUGCCCUUCGAGCGAACAGCCCUCCGGGUGCGACGCGAGGCGGCGUCGACGCGGUGGCGGGUGGUGCUAACGCACAUCGCCUACGCCGCGUCGCUGCUCCUGGGCCUGGUCAUGUCCCUCUUCGCCGGCUACAUCGUUGUCCGCGUGGCCCUCCACCUCUUCGUGGGCCUCUUCCUCACCGCCCUCAUACCCACCCUCGCCGCCCAGCUCCGACGAAGCAUGUUGGCGGCCUUUGCGCCGUUGUCGGCCCUGGGCACCCUGCUGGACUGCAGCGCGGUAGUGUACCUGAUCCCGUCCAUCCUGCUGGGGUUCUACGCCCUGCCCGGACUGGGCCGGCUUCGGCCCGUGGUAGGCAAGACCUCGAUGGGCGGGGUGGUGGCCAACACGGGCGCGAUGGUGCUCAUGGCUUCGUCGUUCCCCGUGGUGGUCGACCUGCUUGGCCUGUCGCGCCUGGAUCUCAUGGGCGCGUUCGGGUGUGCGUCGUACGCCCGCGACCCGUGGUUCGCCGCGUGCUACUGCAUUGCGUUCCUCAUCGCGUCGGUCCUCUACAGCACUGCUGUCCUCACCAUACUUCUACAUUGUCCCCAUGGACUGUGGGUUUAUAACUUCAACAAGGGGAACCUCAAUGUGGGUCCUUCCACUGGAUCAACACCACUGCUGUGGUCUUGGUGCUCUUCAAGGAGACUUUGCCCACCACAGCGCCUCUCCUGUGACCACCUGGCUGUUUUCUUUGCCUGUUGA